GAAUCCGGUGUGGGCAUGCAGGUUGUAGUCCGGCUCAAGGAGCUCAUCGACGACUUCAAACAGAUCCUGCCGCUGGUGGAGGAGCUGGCCAACCCGGCUCUCAAGACACGACACUGGGAACAGAUCUUCAAACUCAUCGAUGCGGACGUGCCGCCGAACGACAACGGCAUCGGCUACGCGCCCUUCUCUGUGCGCAUGAUGCUGCAGUACAACGCUCUGGACAAGUACGAGGCCAUCUCGUCGAUCAGCGGCGUGGCUUCCAAGGAGUACAGUCUGGAGAAGGUUCUGGAGAAGAUGGAGAAGGACUGGAAGGGCGUGGAGUUCCGCUGCAUCGAGUACAAGGACACAGGCACCUUCAUUUUGGGCGGUACAGACGAGAUCCAAGCCCUGUUGGACGACCAGAUCGUCAAAACACAGGCCAUGCGCGCUUCUCCGUACAUCAAGCCGCUUGAGGCGCAGGCCAACAAAUGGGAGUCUAUGCUCACGACGCUGCAGGACAUGCUGGACAAUUGGUUGACCUGCCAAGCCACCUGGCAGUACCUGGAGCCCAUUUUCAGCUCGCCAGACAUCCUCAAGCAGAUGCCUGAGGAGGGCGAGAAGUUCCAGAUCGUCGAUCAGUCGUGGCGCGAGUUGAUGGAGUCAACGUCCCAGUCGCCUGCGUGCACAACCGUGGCGGAGGAGCGCGACAAGUUGCUGUCGCUGCAGGAAGCCAACCGUUUGCUGGAGGAGAUCCAGAAGGGCCUGGCGGCGUACCUUGAGCUUAAGCGCCUGGCCUUCCCACGCUUCUUCUUCCUUUCCAACGACGAGAUGCUGGAGAUUUUGUCGGAGACCAAGGAUCCCACUCGCGUGCAGCCCCACCUCAAAAAGUGUUUCGAAGGUAUCGACAAGCUGCGCUUCGAGAACGGCGCAGUGGACAUCACGGGCAUGAUCAGCUGUGAGGGUGAGGUGGUGCCGCUCAAGACCAAGAUCAAGCCGGGUGACGCCAACGGCAGCGUCGAGAAGUGGCUUGUGCAGGUGGAGGCAGGCAUGGUGGAGUCCGUGCAGGAGGUGUCCCGCCGCGGUGUGCGAAGUUAUCCCACGGUGCCGCGCGAGCGCUGGGUACUGGAGUGGCCAGGGCAGGUGGUGCUUGUGGUCACUGCCAUUUACUGGACCAGGGAGGUUGUGGAGGCCAUCACUAGUCCCUCGCCCGGCGCACUCCACGCGUGUGCGGAGCGCAACACCGCGCAGCUGGGCAACAUCGUGUCGCUGGUGCGCGGCGAGCUGUCCAAGCUCAACCGCGCCACGCUGAGCGCGCUGGUGGUCAUGGACGUGCACGCGCGCGACGUGGUGGUAGCGCUGGCUGCAGAGAAGGGCGUGGCGGGCGACCCCAACCACUUCAGCUGGCUCAGCCAACUGAGGAUGUACUGGGAGGAUGAGGGGACCAUCAUGGUGCGCAUGAUGAAUGCCGAGGUGGAGUAUGGCUAUGAGUACCUGGGUAACAGCAUGCGCCUGGUGGUGACACCGCUGACGGACCGCUGCUAUCGCACGCUCAUCAGCGCCAUCCACUUGAACCUGGGCGGUGCUCCGGAGGGGCCCGCCGGCACGGGCAAGACUGAGACGACGAAGGAUCUGGCCAAGGCGUUGGCGCGCCAGUGCGUCGUGUUCAACUGCUCCGAUACCCUGGACUAUCAGACCAUGGCCAAGUUCUUUAAGGGUCUGGCCAGCAGCGGUGCCUGGGCUUGCUUCGAUGAGUUUAACCGCAUCGACCUGGAGGUGCUGUCCGUGGUGGCUCAGCAGGUGUUGGAAAUCCAGCUGGCGGUGAAGCAGCGCGUCAAGUCGUUCUUUUUCGAGGGCAGUGAGCUGCCGCUGCGGCCCACCUGCAACGUGUUCAUCACCAUGAAUCCCGGAUAUGCAGGCCGAUCUGAGCUGCCGGACAACCUCAAGGCGCUGUUCCGCACGGUGGCUAUGAUGGUUCCAGACUACGCGCUCAUCUCGGAGAUCAUGCUCUACAGCAACGGCUACCUGCAGGCUCGCGAGUGCGCCCGCAAGAUUGUAGCCACAUACAAGCUCUGCUCCGAACAGCUGUCUAGCCAGGAUCACUACGAUUACGGCAUGCGCGCUGUGAUGGCAGUGCUGCGUGCCGCUGGCAAUUUGAAGCGGCGCUUUCCCGACUCGGACGAGUACGUGCUGAUGCUUCGCUCCAUCAUUGACGUCAACCUGUGCAAGUUCCUCAGCCACGACGUGCCGUUGUUCAACGGCAUUGUGUCGGAUCUCUUCCCAGGCGUGGUACUGCCCGAGCCCGACUACGGCCACCUCAUGGACGCCAUGAAGCGCCAGUGCGCACUCCACAACCUGCAGCCAACGCAGUACUUCCUGAUGAAGACCAUCCAGCUGUACGAGAUGGUUGUCGUACGUCACGGCCUCAUGACUGUGGGUCAGCCCUUCAGCGGCAAGACCGCCUCACUCAAGGUGCUGGCUGGCGCGCUGACCGACCUUCAUGAGCGCGGAAUCACCGGCGCGCUGUACAACCGGGUGCAGCUGCGCACCAUCAACCCCAAGAGCGUCACCAUGGGGCAGCUAUACGGCGAGACGGACAGAGCGACCCAGGAGUGGAAGGACGGCGUGCUGGCUGUGGCAUUCAGGUCCCUGGCUGCCGACCCAUCCGAAGACCGCAAGUGGCUGGUGCUGGACGGCCCCGUGGACGCCAUUUGGAUCGAGAACAUGAACACGGUGCUGGACGACAACAAGAAGCUGUGCCUGCCAAACAGCGAGAUCAUCCAGAUGAGCAGCACCAUGUCCAUGAUUUUCGAGGUGGGCGACCUGGCCGUCGCCUCCCCCGCCACCGUGUCUCGCUGCGGCAUGGUGUACCUGGAGCCGCACCAGCUGGGAUGGAACCCGCUGCUCACCAGCUGGCUGGCCACCUUGCCGCGCUGCCUAGGGCCCAAGGUCCGCCGCCACUUGGAGCUGCUCUUCGACUGGCUCAUGCCACCGUGCCUAAGGUUCGUGCGCCGUGACGCCAAGGAGAUCAGCCCCACGGAGGACAUUGGCCUUGCACGCACCACCAUGCGCCUCAUGGCCGCGCUCCUCGCUGAGGACUUUGGACCCACCGAGGACGUGCCGCCGGGCUACUCGUAUGAUGACAACACCAAGAUCAUUCUGGUGGAGGCGGCGUUCCUGUUUGCGUUGGUAUGGUCGGUGGGCUGCACUGGCGAUGGCGAGAGCCGCCGCAAGUUCGACAGCUUCCUGCGCAGCAUGUUGUCCGGCAUGGUGCCCGAUGGCUACCUGGUGAGAGCAUGUGGCGCUUCGCCCUCCAGCACGUCACGCCACAGGACAUCGGCCUUCCACAUGUCCAUCCCACCGCCGCCGCCCGACGGCGGCGCCACCGUGUUCGACUACGCGCUACAGAAGCGCAGCAGUGGCCGCGGCCUGGUGCCCGGCAGCUGGCAGCUUUGGACGGACACCAUCCCCGACCUUUCUAUCCCGCCGGAUGCGCAGUUUGCGGAUAUUAUCAUUCCCACCAAAGACUCCGCGAGGUACACCUUCCUGCUGGACAUGGCGCUUCAAAACAACCAGCCGCUGCUGAUGGUGGGGCCUACCGGCACCGGCAAGUCCACCUACAUCAACAGACACCUGGUGUGGGGCCUGCCCAAGGACAAGUGGACGCCCAUCUUUGUCACCUUUUCCGCGCGCACAACCGCCAACAUGGCGCAGGAUCAGGUGGAUGGCAGGCUGGACAAGCGGCGGAAGGGCGUGUAUGGACCGCCCAUGGGGCGCAGGGCCGUGCUGUUUGUGGACGACUUGAACAUGCCCGCGAAAGAGACCUACGGCGCCCAGCCGCCCAUCGAACUGCUGCGCCAGGCCACCGACCAGGGCGGAUGGUACGGCCGCGACAACCAAUUCCGUACACUCAUCGACGUGCAGUUGGUGGCGGCCAUGGGCCCGCCUGGCGGCGGUCGCACCUUCGUCACCAACCGCUUCCUGCGCCACUUCAACGUGCUGGCGCUGUCGCAGGUUGCUGAGGACUCCCUGGUGCACAUCUUCCGCACCAUUCUGGACUGGCACCUUACCACCAAGGGCUUCCCACACCAAGUGGCAUUGCUGUCCACCGGGCUUAUCAACGCUACGCUGGAGGUGUACAGCCAGUCCAUGUCCAAGCUGCUGCCCACACCCACCAAGAGCCACUACGUCUUCAACCUGCGCGACUUUGCGCGCGUGGUGCAGGUACGCGUGCGUGGUGACGGCACACAAGCUGCUUCGUUGUAUCGCCGGCUGUGGGUGCAUGAGGUGUUCCGAGUGUUUUACGACCGCCUGGUGGACGACGCGGACCGGGAGUGGCUGAUUGGCCAGGUCAAGACCACGGUGGCCUGCCACCUGGACGUGGGCUUUGACAGCCUGAUGGAAGGGCUGCUGUCGGAGGAGGAUAGGCACAAUCGCGUGCUGCAGGACAUGCGGCGCUGCUUCUUCGGAGACUAUGCGGACACUAAUGAGGCCGAGCCGUCCUUGCGCAAGUACGCCGAGGUGCCGGACGCCGGCCUGGUCACGACGAUGGAGGAGUACCUGAUGGACCACAACGGGACCUCCAAGCGCCCCAUGAACCUGGCCAUGUUCCUCUUCGCUGUGGAGCACGUCAGCCGCAUCUGCCGCCUGCUCAAGCAGCCAGGCGGCAACAUGUUGCUGGUGGGCGUCGGCGGCAGCGGGCGGCAGAGCCUGACGCGGCUAGCAGGCUUCAUCUGCGGCAUGGAGGUUCUUCAGGUGGAGAUCGCCAAAAGCUACGGUCGCACCGAGUGGCGGGAGGACCUCAAGAAGGUGUUGCGCCGCGCCGGCGCGGAGAUGAAGUCGGUGGUGUUCCUGUUCAGCGACACGCAGAUCAAGGACGAAUCUUUCCUGGAGGAUAUCAACAACAUCCUCAACAGCGGCGAGGUGCCCAACAUGUUCGCGCAGGACGAGCGAAUGCAGAUCAUGGAGGCGGUGCGGCCUCGUGCCGCCAAGCGGGGGCUGGAGACACCCCUGGAGCUGUGGGGCUACUUUGUGGAGACCUGCCGCCGCAACCUGCACGUAGUGCUGUGCUUCAGCCCCAUCGGCGACGCAUUCCGCGAGCGCCUACGUGCCAACCCCUCCAUCGUCAACUGCUGCACCAUUGACUGGUUUCGCACGUGGCCCCGCGAUGCACUGGAGGCCGUGGCCUUCAAGUUUCUACGGGAGAUGGAGCUGGACGAGGGAACCCGCACGCAGCUGGUGCAGCUCUGCCAGGCCUUCCAUUCCAAGAUCCGCACCGCCAGCGAGGACUUCAAAACCCAGCUAGGCCGGCACAACUACGUAACGCCCACCUCGUACCUCGAGCUCAUCAAUACCUUUAGAACGUUGCUGGACCAGAAGCGCGCCGCCAACCGCAAGGCACACUCGCGCUACAGCGUGGGUCUACAGAAGCUGGAGAGCAGUGCAGAGCAGGUGGCGGGCAUGCAGGCGGAGCUGCAGGCGCUGCAGCCGCAGCUGGUGCGAACGGUGGAGGAGGUGGAGAGCCUCAUGGGCGUCAUUGCCAGGGAGAAGGCAGAAGUGGUGGAGCCCAAGGCGCUCAUCGUAAAGGGCGAGGAGGCCAAGGCGCAGGAGAAGGCCGACGCAGCCAAGGCUAUCAAAGACGAGUGCGAGGCAGAUCUGGCUGAGGCCCUUCCUAUCUUGAACGAAGCCCUUGCGGCCCUGGAUACAAUCGAUGAGAAGGACAUCAACUAUAUCAAGAAGCUGGGCAACCCGCCCAACAUCAUCAAGCUUGUGCUGGAGGCCGUAUGCGUCAUCCUGGACGUCAAGCCCGCCAAAGUCAAGGACGAGAGCGGCAAGAUGGUGCUCGACUACUGGAAGCCUUCAGUGGGACUCAUGAACGAUAAGGACUUUUUGCAGCGACUCAAGCUCUACGACAAGGACAACAUCCCGCCACGCAUCAUCUCUGAAAUCCGCGAGCGCUUUAUCAAGAACGACGCCUUCACGCCCGCCGCCGCGCGCAAUGCCUCGCCUGCGGCCGAGGGCAUGUGCAAGUGGGUGCACGCCAUGAGCAGCUAUGACAAGGUAGCCAAGGUGGUGGCGCCCAAGAAGGCCAAGCUGGCCGAAGCGGAGGCGCAGUACGAGGAGGUCAUGGUGGGACUUCGCGCUAAGCAGCAGGAGCUGGCGGACCUGCGUGCAAAGCUGGCGGCCAUGGAGAGCGACCUGCGCACUAACACCAAGAAGAAGGAGCGGCUGGAGCAGGAGGUGACGCUUUGCAGCGUCAAGCUGGAGCGCGCCGAGAAGCUGAUUGGCGGCCUGGGUGGCGAGAAAGUCCGGUGGACAGAAUCCGCGCAGGCACUCAAGGACGCAGCGGUAGCACUUACGGGCGACAUGCUGGUGGCUGCGGGCAUCAUCGCCUACUGCGGCGCCUUCACGGCGUCCUUCCGGCAGACCAUCAUCGAGAGCUUCCUGGAUAUGGUCCGGUCCGCGGGCAUUCCGUACACGCCACGCUUCAGUCUGGCCGCCGCGCUGGGCGACCCGGUGCGCACCCGCGAGUGGCUCAUCGCCGGGCUGCCCAACGAUUCCUUCUCCAUCGAGAACGGUAUCAUUGUGGCGCACGCGCGGCGCUGGCCGCUCAUGAUCGAUCCUCAGGGCCAGGCUAACAAGUGGGUCAAGAACCUGGAGAAGGAGCGCAAGCUACAGGUGAUCAAGCUGUCCGAGGGUGGCGAGUACCUUCGCGUGCUGGAGAACGCCAUCCAGUUCGGGCUGCCGGUGCUGCUGGAGAACGUGGGUGAGGAGCUGGAUCCCUCCCUGGAGCCACUUCUGCUCAAACAGACGUUCAAGUCUAUGGGCGUCACGUGCAUCCGGCUGGGUGACGCCACUAUCGAGUACAGCGCCGAUUUCAGGUUCUACAUCACCACCAAGUUGCGUAACCCGCACUACCUGCCCGAGGUGUCGGUCAAGGUGACGCUGCUCAACUUCAUGAUCACGCCGGCGGGUCUGGCGGAUCAGCUGCUGGGUGUGGCGGUGGCCACGGAGCGCCCCGAUCUGGAGGAGCAGAAGGCGCAGUUGGUGCUGCAGGGCGCGGAGAACACCCGGCGGCUGGCGGAGAUUGAGGAUCGCAUCCUGGAGGUGCUGUCCAACAGCACUGGUAACAUUCUGGAGGAUGAGACAGCCAUCUCCAUCAUCACGCAGGCCAAGACGCUGGGCAAUGACAUCCAGGAAAAGCAGCGUGCCGCUGAGGUGACGGAACGUGAAAUUGACAUGGCGCGCACCGGCUACAAGCCCUGCGGCGACUACACCUCCAUCCUGUUCUUCUGCAUCUCCGACCUAGCGGCCAUUGACCCCAUGUACCAGUACUCGCUGCCCUGGUUCGUCAACUUGUUCGUGGCGUCCAUGCACGCGGCGGAGCCGAGUCCGGUGCUGAGUCAACGGCUGGAGAACAUCUACGAUCAUUUCACCUACUCCCUCUACCGCAACGUCUGUAGGUCCCUGUUCGAGAAGGACAAGCUGCUCUUCGCCUUCCUGCUGUGCACGCGCAUCCUGGAGACCAAGGGCCGCGUCGAUCCGGAGGAGUACAUGUUCCUGCUCACCGGCGGUCUGGGCGGCGGCGGCGACCCACGCGCUAACCCCGCGCCUGACUGGCUCGUUGACCGCGGCUGGCGGGAGUUGUGCCGCCUGGACCGGCUGCCCACUUUCAUGGGCCUCAUUGACACCUUCUCCGCCGACCCCGCCGCCUGGCGGCCGCUGUACGACUCCUCCGAGCCGCACCGUACCACACUGCCGGGCAUCUACAACUCCCUGGACACGUUCCGUAAGCUGCUCAUCCUGCGCUGCGUGCGGCCCGACAAAGUGGUACCGGCGGUGCAGGACUUCGUGGAGGCUAACCUGGGCCAGAAGUACGUGGAGCCGCCACCGUUUGACUUGGCGGCCUGCUACGCGGAUUCGGCGCCCACGACACCUCUCAUCUUUGUAUUGUCGCCCGGUUCCGACCCUACCGCGGCGCUGCUGCAGUUCGCCGGGGAGCGGAACAUGGCCAGCCGGCUGAUGGCGAUCUCGCUGGGGCAGGGCCAGGGACCCAAGGCUUCGGCCAUGAUUGCGGAGGGCGCCAAGUCGGGUUGCUGGGUGGUGCUGCAGAACUGCCACCUGGCUCCGUCUUGGAUGCCCACACUGGACAAGAUCUGCGAGGAGCUGCAGCCCGAGAACACGCACUCGGAGUUCCGACUGUGGAUGACGUCCUACCCCAGCCCCAAGUUCCCAGUCAACAUCUUGCAGAACGGCGUCAAGAUGACCAACGAGCCGCCCAAGGGCAUCAAGGCCAACAUGCGCCGGUCUUACAUGAUCGAACCCGUUUGCCAAGACAAGGAGUUUUUCGAAGCAUGCGCCAAGCCGGGGCCUUUCAAAAAGCUGCUGUUUGGGCUGGUGUUCUUCCAUGCACUGGUGCAGGAGCGGCGAAAGUUCGGGCCGCUAGGCUGGAACAUUCCCUACGGCUUUGACGACGGCGACCAACGUAUCAGCGUGCGGCAGCUCAAGAUGUUCCUGGAUGAGUCACCCGCAGGCGCACUACCGCCCUUCGCCGCGUUGCGCUACGUGACCGGCGAGUGCAACUACGGCGGCCGCGUCACUGACGACAAGGACCGCCUGUUGCUUAACACGGUCCUGGAGCGGUGCUACUGUCCGGACAUCAUUACCUAUGAGGACUACAAGCUCUCCGCCUCCGGACUCUACUACGCGCCGCCGGAAGGCGACCGCGCCUCCUACCUGGCCUACAUUGACACACUGCCUAUCAUCCCACUACCGGAGGCUUUCGGUCUCCAUGAAAAUGCGGACAUCGCCAAGGACCAGAACGACACCGCCGCCAUGUUCGCGUCGCUGCUGGCCAUGACUGGCGCUGCCGCCGGCGGUGGCGGCGGUGGAAGCGGCUCGGCGGAGGAUCGCGUGGCGGCGGUGGUGGCGGAGUGCCUGGCACGGCUUCCGCCGCAGUUUGACGUGGAGUCUAUUCAGCGGCGCUGGCCGGUCAAGUAUGAGGAGAGCAUGAACACGGUAUUGGUGCAGGAGUGCAGCCGUUUCAACAAAUUGUUGGCGGUGCUGCAUGAGUCUCUGGUCAACAUCCGGUUGGCGAUUCAGGGCUUGUUGGUCAUGUCCGCGGAAUUGGAGGCGGCGUUCAGCUCGAUUGCUAUCAACCAGGUACCGGAGUUGUGGAAGAGGCGUUCCUAUCCCUCCCUCAAGCCGCUGGGCUCCUACUUGGAUGACCUGUACGCGCGGCUGGACAUGUUCACCUCCUGGGCGUCCAAGGGCCCGCCCUCGAGUUUCUGGCUGCCGGGCUUCUUCUUCGUGCAGUCCUUCCUCACAGCCUCGCUCCAGAAUUACGCACGCAAACGCCGCGUGCCUAUCGACACUGUCGGCUUUGGCUUUGAGACGCUGGGCAUGGAUCCUGCGGCCUACCGGCAACCACCUUCGGAGGGCGUUUACGUGCACGGCAUGUUCCUAGAAGGUUGUGGCUGGAGCCCGCAAGUCCAGCGUCUGUGUGAGAGCCAGCCCAAGGUGCUGUUUGUGCCGGCGCCGGUGAUGUGGCUACGACCUCGUCCAGCGGAUCAGCGCCACGACUACCUGCACUAUGACUGCCCGUUGUAUCGCACUGCAGACCGGCGCGGCGUGCUAGCCACGACGGGCCACUCCACAAACUUUGUCAUGUUUGUCAAGCUGCCCACCGAUAUGCCUGCAAGCCACUGGAUCAUGCGCGGCGUGGCCUUGCUCACACAGCUUUCGGAUUAAUAGGCGGCUGGGUGCGGUUGAGUGAGAGGGCCGGAAAGCGGGACGCGGUGGCUGUGGGCCUGGGACUGGGGAAAGGUUUGUGUGGCUGGUUGGGGGUUGGGGGUGCGAAGGCCGGCGUGCGGGGUUGUGAGCGGCGUAGGAUAGUGAAGUGGAUGAUAAGAUGUUGGUCUUGAUAUGACGGCGGUUCUUUACGUUUUUACCGCGGGUGGGAGUUUGGUGACAAAAAACUGCACAGAAAGACAUAGAAAUGUGCCCUGCCGAGGCUGUCCUAUCCGGGCGGGUGAGGGGGCUGUACACAUGAUAGCGCACAGGGAGUUCUCCGCCGUAAAAGGUUACAUGUAGUGUUUGUGGUGGGGAUGGGGGGAAGGGUGGGAGGUAUCCGGGCACCGAUGGGCUCUGCGGUGUAGCCUUGACAGGUGCUUGGGAGGAGCCUUGUGGACAUGGCGUGCGUAUGAGAACUUGCCUGUUAUGGGGUUAACUUUCACCCUCGGUAAGCACCCUCGGUACAAGCAAUCCCGGCCGGUGAGCAUGCAAAGCGUCCAACCUAUAGCUUAGCAUGCGCUCAGGCAGUAGCUUAGGAUGCGGUAGACAGGCAGACUUUGUAGAUUUUUGGAGCAAUGCCGACGUGAACCAAUGCGGAUGCAUGGGGGCUGCAGGGCAUUGGGGGGAAAGCCCGUGUGCGUAUGUUCAUGUAUGUAUGUGCGUUUCUUUUCCUGCGUCAGAAAGGACUUGUUUGUCUGUCUGUCUGUCAGCAAAGACUUUGUGAUGGUUGUGUGGAGAUGUUUCGCGGGACGUGAAGGCUAAAAGCAGUAGUAGUAGUAGUAGUAGUAGCAGUAGUGACGGCGAUAUAUAAGGGUAGACGCAUGUGUGCGGACUAGGGCCGGGUAUGACCUCUCGGCUGCGAAUGCUCAUGUGCUGCUUGGGCUGGGCUGGGCUGGGCUGGGCUGGGUUGGGCUUUUGAAGUAUGGGUCUUGGGGAAGUAUGGAGCAUUGUGGGCCCGCCCUUGGCUGGGCCGUCGUGGAUCUUAAUGAUCUGUCUUCUGUCCUCUAGCGCAUGUGAGGGUUUGUGGCGGUGCGGCUUGUGGCGCACC